UGAAAUAUUCUUAUAACUGUGCAUUCUUUCUGUUUGCUGGAACGUGUGUUCUUCAAGCAAUCCUCUGUCCUUAUGUUUUCAUAUUGAUAUUUGUCAUUUCAAUCUUAUUUUACGUUAUGUGGUCGAUUCACAGCCGUGUGCUGAACAGCAUAAAAGUUAUUGAAGGAAAAUCAAGAAGUCCGGUAUUCUCUCAUCUCAGCGUAUCUCUUUAUGGACUAACAACAAUUAGAGCAUUUAACGCUAAAAAUAAAUUUAUUUCCACUUUUAAUGAAUAUCAAGAUAAACAUACUGCAACAUGGAUCAUUUACAUUUCAUUAAAUCGAUGCCUGGCUGUAUAUGGUAACAUCGUUUGUUACAUAAAUUUACUUAUUACUGUUAUUAUUUUCAGUGUAUCAAUUCAUCCAGAUGAUGCAGGAAGCCAAAUCGGACUUGUUAUGAGUUAUACAUUGUUAUUUGUUUUCCUUUUUCAAAACGCUAUUAGGUUUACUUCUGAAGUGGAUUUUCAGAUGAAUUCUGUAAAACGUAUACUGAAAUACAGCAAAUUAAAAUCAGAAGCAUCUUACGAAAGUUCGUCUGAUAAAAAACCACCCGCAAAUUGGCCACAAAAAGGAGAAAUUUAUUUUGAUAACGUUUCUUUACAAUACUCCAAGGAUAAAAAUAUUGUUUUGAAAAAUUUAACGUUUCGUAUUCAUUCGGGAGAAAAGAUUGGAAUUGUUGGGAGAACGGGAGCUGGAAAAAGUUCUAUAAUUGCUUCGUUAUUUCGCAUGACGGAGCCAACAGGAACAAUAACCAUCGAUGGAAUUAAUACAAAAGAUAUUGGUCUUCGGGAUCUACGCAGUAAAAUAUCAAUUAUUCCUCAAGAUCCAAUGUUGUUUACUGGUCCACUUCGAAGAAAUAUCGAUCCUUUCAAUGAAUAUUCAGAUGAAAUUCUGUGGCAAGCUAUAGAAGAGGUGCAAUUAAAGGAAGUUAUCAGUACGUUGCCUGGAGGAUUGGAUACACAUUUGACAGAAGGAGGACGAAAUUUCAGCGUAGGAGAAAGACAGUUAAUUUGUCUUGCCAGAACGAUUCUUCGCCAGAAUGAAAUCCUGGUCAUGGAUGAAGCAACAUCAAAUAUAGAUAAAAAAACUGAUUCCUGCAUACAGAAAAUAAUUCGAGAAAAAUUCAAAUCGUGUACCGUGUUGACAAUAGCCCACAGGUUACAUACAAUUAUCGAUUCGGACAGAGUACUGGUUCUAGAUAAUGGAAAACUUCAAGAAUUUGACAGGCCAUAUAAAUUACUGAAGAAUGUGAAUGGUACUUUUUAUAACUUGGUAAAAAACUCGGGAGUUACUUCGAUGAAUGAGCUAUUUAAAAUUGCUGAAAAUAAAUAUUAUAUUCAAGAAUGUAUGGAAAGAACGAGAUUAUAAUAUACUGGAUUUUUCUCGAUACGUAUUAACCUUUUGUGGAUCUCGUGCUGUUUUUAUAUUAUCUUGUAUUCGGAAUCAUCUGUUUUAAAUGCAGUUUCUGAAUGACAUUUAGGAUAUAAAAUUGUUAAAAUCUAUAGUAAAAACUGUUAAAACUUAAAUGUAUUUGUGAUUCCUACUGUUAAAUUUGUGUGUUAAACGUUAGUUUAAUGUAAUCAGUAUAUUUGUUUAGAUAAUGUUACUAGAAAAAUUAAGAAUGGGUUAUUUACAGAAAAGUAGUAAAUAUUAAAAAUAUGCAAACGAGAAAA